AUGGCAACUAGGAAUUCAAUCAAUUGGGUUGAUGCACUCCCUUUAAUCCUUCUAGGUAUCCGAUCUACUUUGAAAGAACCGGCGAUGUGUACCCCAGCAGAGCUGGUUUAUGGUACAACACUACGAUUACCUGGAGAUUUUCUAAACUCAUCCCAUAUGGAACAUUCACCUCAAGACAUACCUCAAUAUGUUACAAAAUUGAAAUUAUGUAUGAAUCAGCUCAAGAGUACUUUCACUCAUCACAAAAAUUCACCAAAAAAUUUCACUCAUCCAGAUCUGUUCACGUCAACGCACGUUUUUGUUAGAAGAGAUUCAGUGAAGAAACCGCUUCAACAACCCUACGACGGUCCUUAUGAGGUGCUUGAGAGGAAUGAUAAAUUUUUCACACUAAAUAUAAAAUCAAGGUCUGACAACAUUUCAGUUGAUCGUUUGAAACCUGCAUACGUUGAAUGCAAUCUUCUAGCGUUGACCGGCGACACAACUCUCACUUGGUCCUCACCUGUCCUACCCAAGUUAUAUUCCAAUGAUACUUACAUCAACCCAUUGGGAACACCAAUCACAAAAGACGAAGAAUCAUGGAUCGGCUCUCUUCAAUACAUAGGAGCCAUGGUUGGCAUCCUACCAUUUACCUUCCUCGCAGAUAGAAUUGGAAGAAAACCAGUAUUACUAAUGUUAGCUCUACCUCACGUCGCAGCCUAUUUGAUGUUCGCCUUCGCGAAUAAUAUUUAUUGGUACUAUUUAGGAAGAUUCCUAGGAGGAGUCUCGCUCUCCUCUGUCUACAUCAUUCUGCCCAUGUAUGUAGCCGAGAUAUCCGAAGAUUCCUACAGAGGCAUGUUGCUGGUCUCAUACAGCACCUUCGCCAGCUUUGGAGAUCUCUUUCCAUACAUCCUAGGGCCUUACCUCUCGAUUCUUUGGUUCAAUUUAAUCACUGGCAUAUUCCCCAUACUGUUCCUGCUCUCUUUCGCUUCCUUGGCACCGGAAAGCCCGUAUUACUAUGUAGGCAGGGACGAUCACAGAGCCGAAGUGACGCUGAACAAGUUGAGAAGAGGACGGUUGAAUUACGAUGCGAAGAACGAGAUCGACGAGAUUAAGAACGAGAAGAUGAAGAAUAAAACGGGGGAUGUGUGGAGUACGCUAAAGAAGAAAUAUGUGGUCAAGGGGUUCAUUGUGGCGUUCGGUCUCAGCUGCUUCCAGCAGUUGUCCGGUUUGGGCGCCAUUUUGGCUUACACGGAGACCAUUUUCAGAGCUGCGGGUACCAACGUACCUUCAGAAGUUUCCUCCAUUAUAGUCGGAGUUGUUUUAUUCCUUGCGAGUUUUGGGGGGCCAUUUCUGGUGGAUCGAAAAGGAAGGAGGUUCCUACUGAUAGUCUCUGCAACAGGUUUGAUAAUCUCGGAGAGUAUAUUGGGACUCUACUUUUACCUGCAAACCGAGACAGAUGUAUCCGUGGACAGCUUUUCUUGGUUGCCUAUCGUGUGCUUGGUGGUUUUCACGAUCACUUUCAACAUUGGUUUCGGACCUCUUCCAUUCACGAUUACGUCCGAAGUUCUGCCGUCCAACGUGAAGUUCCUCCUUGCAACUGUCACUGGUUUCUCUGGGUGGCUAGUGUCUUUCAUUGUGACUAAAUUUUUUAACGAUCUCAACGACUAUCUAGGGAAUGGUGGUACAUUUUGGUUGUUUGCUGGGUUUUGUGGAAUAGCUCUAGUGUUCAUUAUAUUUGUAGUGCCAGAGACCAAGGGAAAGAGUUUCCAAGAAAUACAAAUCAUUCUGAAUAGGUGAUUUUCAGUUGACAAUGUUUGGGCCGUUUGGAUAAAGCAUCUGACAGACGAUUGUGUAUUUGAUUUGUUUAGAAUACCCAUGUUGAUUCCUCGUCGAGUUAACAAACAGAGAGCUUUAUGCAAUCGGCCCUGAGUCUAUCAAUGUAUACUUGAUUAAGCAGUAUUCUUAUUACAUUUGUAUGUUCAAGUAGAGUUCCUUGAUUUUUUAUAAUACUUAUUGAAGAAGUAAAGAAGUUUGUUUUCCAUGUUAUAUAGACUUUCGACAUUUGGAAAUUGACCUAGG